UCUUCGAAUAUGUCUUAUUUUCAACCAAAAUAGAAAGGAAAAAUCUUCGCAAUCUCUCUUUUCUAUAAAGGAAAAAGGAUGCCGAUCCAAUUCUCUCUUCGGUCUCUAUACACUCAAUCCCACAAACUAACCCCCACCCUAUCCCUUCCUUUCCUCUCUUUCCUCCGUCGCACAAUGUCAACUUCCGGCGACAUCGUCAGCCCUUCAACCACCCGCGUCGGCUGGAUCGGCACCGGCGUUAUGGGCUGCUCCAUGUGCUCUCACAUCAUCAAAGCCGGCUACAAACUCACCGUCUUCAAUCGCACCAUCUCAAAAGCCCAACCCCUCCUCGAUUUGGGCGCCAAUUUAGCCACUUCCCCUCUCGCCGUUGCCGCCCAGUCCGAUGUCGUUUUCUCCAUCGUCGGUUACCCAUCCGACGUCCGCUCCGUCCUUCUCGACCCCUCUUCCGGCGCACUUGCUGGCCUUCGCCCUGGAGGCGUCCUUAUCGACAUGACCACUUCCGAACCAUCACUCGCCUCUGAAAUCGCCGCCUCUGCAACCGCAAAGGGUUGUGGGGCAAUCGACGCUCCGGUAUCAGGCGGCGAUCGCGGAGCGAAGAACGCCACUCUGGCGAUCUUUGCCGGUGGCGAUGAAGACGAAGUCCAGCGAUUGAGUCCGUUGUUUUCUCUUUUAGGGAAAGUGAAUUACAUGGGAGAAAGUGGGAAAGGGCAAUUUGCAAAGCUGGCGAAUCAGAUCACCAUAGCUUCAACAAUGGUGGGACUAGUGGAAGGGAUGAUUUAUGCUAAGAAAGCGGGGCUUGAUGUGGGUUUGUUCUUGAAUGCUAUAUCAACAGGAGCAGCUGGAUCAAAAUCUCUGGAUUUGUAUGGAAGCAGGAUUUUGAAAAGGGAUUUUGAACCUGGGUUUUUUGUGAACCAUUUUGUGAAGGAUUUGGGAAUUUGUUUGAAGGAAUGUCAGAAUAUGGGGCUUGCUCUUCCUGGAUUGGCAUUGGCUCAACAACUUUAUGUUUCGCUUAAGGCUUAUGGGGAAGGGAAUUUAGGGACUCAGGCACUGAUUUUGUCUCUGGAACGGCUCAAUAAUGUUUCACUUGAGGGCAGUGGUUCUUCUUGAUUUUAAGCUAUUUGGUUAUACCAAUGGAGAAAGAGGUCAUCAUAUAAAUUUCACCUUUCCAAAUUGUGGUUGUUUUAUGACCAUUUGUUGUUUAUUACAAUUAUAAACAAGGAACUUAUGAAGUUGUGUGAGUUUGGAUUUAGUGAUUUGCUAAACAAUUGUGUUCUGGUAGAUGACGAAUUAUGAGGAGAAUCAAGACAAGAUAGCACCAAAACUCAUUUCAAUUCUUUGCAUCCAUUAGUUCAAUUUUCUCAAA